AGUCUUGUGUUGGGGCGGGGGUAUCAGGGAGGGCUUUUUGUCGGAGGUGACUCUCUGACCGGCCCCAGCGAAUCCGUCCCAGGUGCUGGAGACCCACAGAUUUUGGAUAUUUGCAUUUUCCAUCAACAUGUCAAGUGACAUGAUAAAACGAGGACAUUCCGUUAAAAUUCAUCAGAAAGUUGAUCCACAACGGGCCACUGCUAGAACCUUUUUCAUUGAUGCUUCUAAUCAGAGCUUGACUACCAUUCCACCAGAGAUCUUCGACCUCGAAGAAUUAGAAGAAGUGCAUCUGGAAAACAACCAGAUUGAAGAAAUCCUCCGGGGUAUUCAGCAUUUAAAGAACGUCCGGAUCCUCUACCUGAACAAGAACAAGCUGAGAAAGCUGUGCCCAGAGCUGGGCACGCUGAGCAGCCUGGAGGGCCUGGACCUGAGCGACAACCCGCUCCUGUCCUCGUCCCUUCCUGUCCUCAGAGGCCUGCGGGGGCUGCGGGAGCUCCGCCUGUACCACACUGACCUGGCCGAGAUCCCCGUGGACCUCUGCAAACUCCUCCACCACCUCGAGCUGCUUGGGCUGGACGGAAACCACCUGAAAUCUCUGCCCAAGGAAGUAGUGAACCACACCAAACUGAGGGAGAUCUACCUGAAGCAAAACCAGUUUGAAGUCUUUCCUCCCGAGCUCUGUGCUCUCUCCAACCUGGAGAUCGUUGACCUGGAUGACAACAAACUAACUGCCAUCCCACCGGAGAUUGGGAACCUGACCAGGCUGCAGAAGUUCUACGUGGCUCGCAACAACCUGCUCCUCCUACCCGAGUCGCUGUGCCAGUGCAGCAAACUGUCCGUGCUGGAUCUGUCCCACAACCGCCUCCACUCGCUCCCGCACUCCCUGGCCGAGCUGUCGGGGAUGACGGAGAUUGGGCUGAGCGGGAACCACCUGGAGAAGGUGCCACGCCUCAUCUGCAAGUGGACCUCGCUGCACCUGCUCUACCUCCGCGACACCGGCCUGCGGGCGCUGCGGCGCUCCUUCCGGCGGCUCGUCAACCUGCGCUUCCUGGAUCUCAGUCAGAACCAUCUGGAACGCUUUCCGCUGCAGAUCUGUGCGCUCAGGAACCUAGAGAUCCUGGCGCUGGAUGAUAAUAAAAUAUGCCAGCUACCUCCAGACUUUGUAUCCCUUUCAAAACUGAAGAUGCUUGGAUUAACAGGGAAUCAGUUGGCUUCAUUUCCAGAAGAAAUCCUUUCUUUAGAGUCUUUAGAGAAAUUAUACAUUGGGCAAGACCAGGGAGCCAAGCUCACCCAUAUUCCAGAAGACAUUAGUAAACUACAGAAUCUUAAAGAGCUGUAUAUAGAGAACAAUCAUCUGGAGUACCUGCCCACAUCCUUGGGAUCCAUGCCUAACCUGGAAAUUCUUAAUUGCUGCCACAACCUGCUUAAGCAACUUCCAGAUUCCAUUUGCCAAGCACAAGCUUUGAAAGAAUUACUGCUUGAGGACAACUUGAUCACCUGUCUUCCAGAGAAUUUGGAUAGCCUGAUGAAUCUAAAGGUUUUGACACUGAUGAACAAUCCUAUGGAGGACCCCCCAGGAGAAGUGUGCGCCGAAGGCAAUCAGGCUAUAUGGACGUACUUUAAGACAAAAAGAAACAGGAAAAUAAUGGCAACAAAGAUUCAGGCAUGGUGGCGAGGAAUAAUGGUCCGGAAAGGACUGGGGAGAUUUGAAGAACUAAAAGUGCAAAAGAAAGGAAAGCCUUCUCCAAAAGAUAAGAAAAGGGGGAAAAAUGCAAAAGGAAAAGCUGUGAAGAAAAAUAAGAAAUAAUUCUAUAAUGAAUUGAGGUAAUGAACCCCGAUGGAUUACGAAGGCAAAACAUCUAGGAAUUAGAUACCUAGCACACUAAAAUUAUUCAUAGAAUUAUGGUUAUGUGUAAAAAUAAAGAUUCUCAAUUUAUUGAAAUA